GCUUGGCUGGAGGAUUUCCUGAAGCAGUACAAGGUCAUCGAUCCGGAACAGGAACAGAAAAAUGCCAAUGAACCCGAGGGGGGGAGCUCCAAAGAGGCGAAGCAGAUUUCCACCGCUUUGUUGCAUGAGUUCAGCUUGCCCACAGCAAAGGACAUUUCUAUGGCCCUUCACCUUCGGUCCGAGUCCGAGAUCUUUGUGGUGAACAAAGGUACCAAAGAGUGGUCCAGCGUUGACCCAGCCAUCGCUUUCUUUGGAAAUGGCACAUGGAAGGUGCUCAAGGAUGGCCAGCAGCUACCAGAGAAUUCCGUGGAAUUGGCUUUCAAAAGCCACCGCGACCUCGUUCUUUUGAAUGGGUCGGUGCAGUCUUUGGGGGUUGUCUUGGCUGAGAUGCGCGCCAAGAAGCCCGAUGCAAAGAUUUGUUACCACAAGAUCAACGAAGCCGAGAAGCUGAGUGAGUUUAGCCUGACGGUGACCCACCGCGUGAUCUUCCAGUCAAAGCUUGAGGCUGGCACCGAGUUGUCGCAUAAGAAUUGCGGCCACAAGGUGUCAAGUCUAGUGAAGAGUGCCGAUUCGCCCCUGCAGAUGAUCUGGUAUGUCCGGUGGAGCACCAAAGGCUUGUCGCCGAUUAAGCCAGUCUGGCACCUGAUUGGCAAUGUGAAGUUGCCUGGUGAGA